GUUAUUACAUCCCUCACUCUUACCAAAACACAAGAAGAAGAAAAAGCAAGACACAAAUCACAUUGUCUCGAGACUCAACCUUCCUCGCUGAAACACACGAGAUUUGCCAAUUUCUUCAAUUCUCCAUUUUCUAUCGUUAAUAAGAAAAUCAAAUGCCGAUCGUUAGUUCAAAAUCAUGGAUCCUUCAUGGUCUAGCUGCGGGAGCUGCAAUGGCCGCGGCUCUCGGGGCUCGAGCGUAUCUUGGCCGAUCCGGCAAGUUUCGGAGCCGGGUCAUUGGCAUUAUACCAGCCCGUUUUGCUUCCACUCGCUUCCAGGGUAAACCCCUCGCUCAUAUCUUGGGCAAGCCCAUGAUCCAGAGAACAUGGGAAAGGGCAAAACUUGCUGCUACCUUGGAUCACGUUGUUGUGGCAACAGAUGAUGAAAAGAUAGCUGCGUGCUGUCAAGGUUUUGGUGCUGAAGUAAUAAUGACUUCUGAAUCAUGUAGAAAUGGAACCGAGCGUUGUAAUGAAGCUCUUCAAAAGCUUGCAAAGAAGUAUGACAUUGUCGUUAACAUUCAAGGAGAUGAACCACUUAUUGAACCUGAGAUAAUAGAUUGCAUAGUCAAAGCUCUGCAGGCUGCACCAGACGCGGUCUUUAGCACUGCUGUGACGUCUUUGAAACCUGAGGAUGCAUUUGAUCCAAAUCGUGUUAAAUGUAUGGUUGAUAAUCGUGGUUAUGCAAUCUAUUUUUCCCGGGGAUUGAUCCCUUAUAACAAGUCUGGCAAGGUUAAUCCUCAGUUUCCUUACUUGCUGCACCUUGGAAUUCAGAGCUAUGAUUCGAAGUUCCUGAAAAUAUAUCCAGAAUUGGAACCUACACCAUUGCAACUUGAAGAAGAUCUUGAACAGUUGAAGGUCCUUGAGAAUGGAUACAAGAUGAAGGUGAUAAAAGUUGACCAUGAAACUCAUGGUGUUGACACUCCGGAAGACAUAGACAAGAUAGAGCGGUUCAUGCGGGAGAGGAACUUGUCUUAGAGCAGAGUAAGUUUAUAUUGGAUGACUUUGGUGUUGUAUAGAGCUAUAGAUUUGAGCUUUCUGGAGGCCGUUCUUAAUUGGAAUUAAUGCACAAUUGAUGUUACUGAAUUAUACAUGUGAAGAUGAAAGAACAAUCCUGCAAAUAGUUCAUAUUUUGGCGUUUUUGAUGUAUAUUGUCUUCAACCUUACUGGGGAGUAGGGACUAGUCCAUCGAUUUGCUAGGUUAUGUGUUUCUUAUUCUUUCAGUGGUGGAAUACUGGAAUUUGGGUUGUCUACAAGGCACCCCUCUGUCUGUGCUUAACACUACAUUGCGUGGAAGCGCUUUAGAGGUACAAGCUGACUGUUUACAGAUUUUUUCCUAGGGUGUGAAUAAGAUAUUCUGUUUUGCACUGGUAGCAUCUGAGUUUACUUUGGAUUUUCUUUGUUGUCGCCAGUAUGUAAAGUUAAAUGGAUUGAGUUGGUAAUGAUAGUCGGGCAUUGGGUUGGA